UGGGACUAAACUUGCAUCACUCCCGAGCGCUCUGUGUGGGAUAGGCGUAGCUGGGCUCUUUUUGACCAAACCUCUGGAGGCCCAAACCGUAACGUAACGGCCUCGUUGCGAGUAAAAAAGAUAAGGCCCAAACUACACGCUUGCAGCGCCGGAGAGGAAACGGACCGAGAGAGAGCGCUCCACCGGCUGCCCCGUCUCCGAUGGCCACACCGCCGGCUCCGGUGCCCUCGGCCACCGCCAACUCCGCGCCGACGCCUACCCAGUCACCGUUCAAGGCCCGACCCUUCUCCCAGCCCCCUUCCACUGCCGGUACCCUCAAGACGGAGAUCCCUCCCGCCUCCACCUCGGCCGCCACCGCCGCCGGAGUCGCCGCCGUGGGAGCCGCAGCCGAGGACUCAUCGCACGUCAUCACCGUCCCUAGCUACGCAGGGUGGUUCUCGUACGACAGCAUCAGCGACACGGAGCGCCGCCUGUUGCCGGAGUUCUUCGAAGGGGAGGUCGCGGCCGUGUCUGGGUCCCGGGGCCCGGAAGCCUACAAGUACUACCGCAACACCCUCGUCAAGAGGUUCCGGGCAAGACCAGCGCGCCGGCUCACGCUCACCGAGGCCAGGCGGGGCCUUAUCGGCGACGUUGGCUCUGUGCGCCGUGUGUUUGACUUCCUGGAGGAAUGGGGGCUCAUCAACCAUGGUGCUCCCCCGCUGGGGGCGAAGCAGGGGAAAGACAAGAGGGAGGAGGCGACGACUUCUCAGUCUUCUUCUCAGUCUUCAUUGCCUGCUGGACCAACCACACCCAAGAAGCUCUGUGUAGGGUGCCGCAGCGUCUGCGGCUCUGCCUAUUUCACCUGCGAGAAGGCGGAUAUAAGCAUAUGUUGUAGAUGCUUUGUGCGUGGCAACUAUCGGCCUGGUCUUACUCCAGCGGACUUCAAGAAAGUUGAAAUUAGCGAAGACGCCAAAUCAGAUUGGACAGACAAGGAAACUCUUCACCUACUUGAGGCUGUCUUGCAUUAUGGAGAAGACUGGAAGAAGGUUUCUGAGCAUGUUGGUAGUCGCUCGGAGAAAGACUGCAUUGCUAGACUCAUCCGAUUAUAUUUUGGAGAACAGUUCAUGGGAUCCAAGGAGCAGAAAAUGGAGUUUGAGAUUGAUGAUGUUACUAAUGAAUCUAGAGCAGAGAUCCCAAAACGACUCCGUCUCACACCACUGGCAGAUGCAAGCAAUCCAAUUAUGGCUCAGGUCGCGUUCUUGUCGGCAAUUGUUGGCGCAGGCGUUGCAGCAGCAGCAGCGCAAGCAGCUAUUUCUGCACAAUCCCAGGUUGAUAUGAAUGACCGCCAGACUGAUUCUCCAAUCAGCAGCACUAAAGAAGAAGAAUCUUCUUACACUAAUGGGCUUACAGCCAACGAUUUACUCAAAGAGGCAUCCACAAAUGCACAAGUGCAACUUCAAAAGGAGCAAAAAGAUAUAGAGCAAUCUUUAUCGGCUAUAGUGGAUGUCCAGAUGAAGGAAAUCCAGGAUAAGAUAAGCCGUUUUGAGCAGAAAGAGCUGCUUAUGGAGAAAGAGAGGGAGCAGCUUCAUCACUUACGGGAACUGCUUUUCGUGGAUCAACUCGCGGUUGUGCAGCAUCAGCGCAGACCGCUUGCUGUAGCGGCUGAGAACAAGGAGGAGGAGAAACCGAAACCUAUUAUCACCAUGAGUUAAAUCAAAUGGACCUUCGUCGGUAGCAUCAGAGGGCUGUGAGGAUUGGAACUCUGUUCCUCCUAUGUCAGCAAAAGGGAGAUAAAUAUUGCUGGAAUCCUGUGACGAACACUAAAUUUACUGGCUUUAGAUUAGUGUAUUUUUUCUGUAUGUGGCUGCAUCGGAUGUUGUAUUAAUGUUGUCUGAUAACAUUGUAGUCUAGCUAAUGGAAAUGGUGUUCUUAAAAACACCAAACUGA